AUGCAAGACAAUGAAGUCAACAAUAGUGUUGAAGCAAGAGUAAUAUUGAAAGAUUCUUUUGCUUCACCACGUGUCAAGUAUGGCUUGCUCUCUAUUGAUGGUGGUGGCACAAGAGGUAUCAUUCCAGCUGCAAUUAUUGAAUUUUUAGAACAGAAGUCUGGUAAAAACUUAUGGGAAUUAUUUGAUUUAACGGCAGGCUGCAGCACAGGCGGUAUCUUGGCCUUGGCAAGUAUGCUACGAAGAGCAAAAGGCAUGGAAUUAGUUACAUUUUAUAGUUUACUUGCUAAAGAAGUAUUUCCAUUUCAAAAACUGCUUCCAACUACUGAAUAUCCUGUAGAACCACUCGAGAAAAUACUGAGAAAAGAAUUCGGAGAUACGAUGAUGAUUCCACAGUUAAACGACCCAAAGACAUUUGUCGUUACGAAACGUAACACAGAAACGACGCCAUUUCUAUUACGCAACUACAAUAUUUCAUCAUCAAAGCACCAGGGAGAUCUUGGUUGGAAAUGCUCCGAAGCAGCUCGUGCAACAUCAGCAGCACUAACAUAUCUCAAAGCAUUUCGAAAAGACAAUAAUAUUUACACUGACGGCGGUGUUGGUUUCAAUAAUCCUGUAGAAUUAUUAUAUGAUGAGGCAUUCGCACUUCUUUCAUCCGAUUUCAAGGAAACUUCCUUUGCCGUCAAGGAAUGUCCUAUUGCUUAUAUUGUUAGUAUUGGCACAGGAAAAAUGCCAGAUCUGCCUCUAACGAACCCUAACGCUUUUUCUCUUAUUCGCGUUAAAAAUGCCAUUGACAGUGUUCUGGAGCAAGCAUCCGAUUCAGAAAAUCCGCACCAUCGAAUGGAGAACAUCUGUCAAAGACUCAACAUUCCUUAUUAUCGAUUUAAUCCAGAACUUAAAAAGCGAGCAGAGCUGACUGAAACUGCAGCGCUAAAUGAUUGGUAUGAACAAACCAAGCACUAUAUGAACUGUAAUGCAGAACAAGUCAACCAACUAUGUGCGCUCUUUUCGCAAAGAAUAUGUUCCAUGCUCUGUAAGCCGUGUAAGCUUUAGAAAAAAAAGUGAUUGAAUGGUUGAAAUAAAAAAUAAUCCAGAAAUUCUACUUUCGAAUUUGUUCUCGUCACUAUCAUAAUGAAAGAGAAAAUUCUACACAAAUGAGGGUGUGCGCGUGGGUGUGGGUGGGUGUGGGCUGUGGAGUGUGGGUAUGGGUGGGUGUGGAUGUGGGUGUGGGUGUGGAUAUGGGUAUGGGUGUGGGUGUGGGUGUGUGGGUGUGGGUGUUGUCUUAGUCUUCUUUCAUAACCACGCCUGUAACCACAGCCACCCACCCACACCUACACCCCAUUCAAAAAUAAUCGAUUCCAGUCUGAUUUUAAGUCAGGUUUUUGCAUGGGUAAUUGAGUCUCAGAAAAUUUUUAAAAACCCUUGAUUUUAUAAGUAAAUGGUAAUAAAACCCUGGCCAAAAAUAGAAGAUCACGUUUGGAAGAGCGAUGUGAAUUUCCGUAAUAGCAGAAAGCCAUCACUUUUUAUUCCGUGGGAUGGAGCAAGCGUUGGAUUUAUUGGCAUUUUAGGUUAGACGUUGAAUUAGCAAUUAGUAUCGUAUCAUCAAAACAUCAUGUGCCAAAGGUUGACCUGAUGUUACGCUUACCAUUUGUCGUAGUAAGGAGUCCAGAAAAAAAUUCAAAAUUUUCAAGUUUAACUGUCAGAAAAAAGUUUGUCAUCCAUAUCGUGAUUAAAUACGGUUGAAAAUUGAAUAAUCUGAUAAAAGUAAUAAUAUUUUAAUCACUUUUUAAACAAAAAAGUCCAUUGAAAUUAGAGGUUUUUUCGAUUUUUUUUACAAGGGUACUGCUUUUUGGUCCGUGAUGCUUUUUAAUUA